UUAAAAAUAAUUAAUCACCCAAAUGGAGUCUUCAGAAAUCCCUUCGAAGAGAAAGUCAAAAUCCCCGCCCAAGGAAGACCUUAAGAGCAAACUUCAAGCCCAAGAGGAAGUACAGAAGGGAGAAGUGUCCCCUACAGUGUGGGUGCCAGUGAGUUUAUUGAUAGCAGUGAUCUUUGCAGUGGCUAAUGUGUGUGUGAGUACUAUAUCUAGGCAUGGGUCUAAAGGAAUAGCGCUUCAGGGGUUCGGAAAUUUGGUAGGGAAUUUAGUACCCCUGGUCUUGGUAUCGAAUUCGAAUAAGAAAGAAUUAGAUGAUAACAAAAAGCCGGCUGGAAGUUAUUUGAAGUGGUUCUAUAAUAUCUAUUUCUUCAGAAAGAUGGAUUCAAAGGGUAAUUAUCUUGAAAAUAAAUGGACAGGAAGCGUACAAUGGAAGAGAGUUGUACUAAGUGUUAUUUUGCUUGUAUUUAGUCAAAUUGUCACUAUUGUGUUCAUUUACAGUUAUAAAUUUGCCGGGCAAGCCAAUUUUAAUACAGGAGUCUUGAUGUCAGUUUAUUCUCUAAAGCCAGCAAUCACAUCAAUAGUCUUUUUCUUAGCAUUCAAGCAGACUCUGAAGAUGCAUGAAAUGGCAACGCUAGUAUUAUGCAUGGCCGGAGCCUCGAUCAUUGGGCUAAGCAGCGAGGAUGACGAAAAGACUGGGGGACAAACAAUUAGGACUUAUUUGAUCCUUGCAAUCUGAUUCAUGCUUUUGGAUAUCAUAAUUGGUUGUUUAAGAUCAGCUAUUUUGAAAUAUUUCUUUGGAAGUUCUCCUGAAAUUGAUAUCUCAUCACUUUUCAACUUCAUCGAGCUGUUCAGUGAUGCUAUCUUUAUUGGAUAUUUUAUGGUUCUCAGAAGCCAAAGAUUCGAAUAUACAAUAACAGAUUUGAUAGCUGGUACAAUCUCAGGUACUCUCUUUAGUUGAGCAUGCAAUCUCGUUGCUUUUGUCAAUGUACGUGGAAAAGCUGGGGUCUGUGAUGCUAUAAUUGAAACCUCUGUUAUUUAUCAGGUAGUCAUUGAAAUUCUUGUGUUCUCCAGAUUCCCAAACAAGAUGCAGUAUAUCGGACUUUUCUUAUGCUUCUCUGCAACUCUCUUCUUAAUCUACUGGAGUCAGAUCAAGAAGAGCUAA